AUGAAUUCUAAGAUUGAAAGCUGCAAAUUUGAGCUUGAGAUUGCAAGGGAAGCUGCCCCAUUUGUGGAUCCUGCUGUUUUGGUGGAAACUUAUGAACAAGAGGAAUGUGUCGAUGAUCUUGAAGGGGAUGAUCGGAUUCAAUCUGCGCUUGCUCACAUUGUGACGCACGCACUUUUGAAGAUGCUCCUGGACCUGCAAGUGGAGGAGGCAUUUGCUUUCUGGGGUACUCCAGAAGGUGAUCUGGUCCAUCCUGCAGCAGUACUGGAGACAGUUAGGCGUCAUAGAGUCAAUGUCGAUGGCAAUGUCUGUACUGUCAUGGUAACCACUUUGGUUCUUGAGGGAUGGCAGCGGAAACUUGAUCCCAGGUACAAUGUGAUGCAAACACUGCUUCUCAAAGCUGACUGA